CCUCUAUCACUUAAUUCCAACAUAACGACGCACAUCAUGUCCUUCGAUCGUUUGAACUCACUAGAGGCGCAGCCUACUACUAUGCGCCGUUCUGAGGAUCCUCACUACCGUGAUGACCCCGACUUUGACCGUCUAACAGAGAGUCUCUCAAACCAGUUGUUCACGUUAACCUCGAAUAUCACUCGGUUGUCGGACCAGAUCGCGCUUCUAGGAACGAAAAGGGACACUGAGCGGGUGCGGGAACGAGUUCACAAUCUCCUCGAGGAAACUCGAUCGGGGUUCAAGCAUGUAGGCGAAGGGAUCAAGAAAGUCCAGAUGUGGGAGGAUGUUAAUCCUUCACAAAAAUGGACUCAACAGAAGCUGUCUUCGGAGUUCAAGGCGACACUGGAGGAGUUCCAGACCGUUCAGCGUCGAGCUUUGGAGAAGCAAAGAGCGUCUGCAGUUGCCGCUCGUACGGCAGUGGAGGAGGGAGAGCAUGCGCCAGCAGAUGGUACCUCCCAUGAGCAACAACAAUUGCUCGAGGAGCAGCCUCGUCUCGCCAACCAAGAUGAGGUGGACUUCCAGGAGGCUCUUAUCAUUGAGCGCGAAGCGGAGAUUCGCAACAUUGAGCAAAGCGUGGGCGAGUUGAAUGAACUAUUCCGUGACGUCGCGCAUAUUGUUCACGAGCAAGGAGGCCAGCUGGAUAUCAUUAGCGAGAACGUGGAGAGAGUCACUACGGACACUCGGGGCGCGAACGUCGAGCUUCGUAGCGCCAGCAGAUACCAAAAGAACGCUCGGAACAAGGCUUGCUGCCUCCUUCUUAUUCUCGCCGUGAUUUUGGUCAUUAUUGUCCUAGCAGUCACACUCGGAUAGUCUGCUAUGACUGUAUCGGACACCCCGGAUUACUUCGAUUGGCCUUUCUCGAACCGACUAGCCUUUCACCUUCCCUCUUACGACCGAUAUCCCCACCUGUACGAUUCCAUGUAUGAUUUUACCUUGAAUUGCUGGUACCGAUUCACCACACUCAUGACUUGUUUCCUUUGAUGAACGACAGGCGUAUUUGGAGUGAAGAAUAUUUCAUUAAGAGUCCUGCUUUGCGUGCUUGUUCCUUAUCAUACAUAGCUGCUGUGUUAUACAAGAACAUACAUCGAGAUAAUUGCUGCUAAUAUACACCCAAACUCCUUUUCGCCU